AUGGGUUUUUACUACCAGCAGCCACGACAAGGAUUCUACUACGACGGCUUCUACUACCAGCAGCCCAAGCAGGGUUUCUACUACCAACAGCCACGACAGGGUUUCUACUACCAACAACCAAAGCAGGGAUUCUACUAUGACCAGGGCUUCUACUACCAGCAGCCACGACAGGGUUUCUACUACCAACAACCAAAGCAGGGAUUCUACUAUGACCAGGGCUUCUACUACCAGCAGCCACGACAGGGAUUCUACUACCAACAGCCCAAGCAAGGAUUCUACUACCAGCAGCCUAAGCAAGGCUUUUAUUACCAACAGCCCCGACAGGGAUUCUAUUACUAA